AUGCUAAAAAGGUAUAGCUUGGGAUUUCUAAAAUCCUCGUUAAAUAUUCCUAAAGGUUUGGGUAGGACACCUAUUCAUAAUAAUUAUCAAAUUACAAGAACUUUCAAAUCUUCAAGUAUACAGUAUUUUCAAAAAUCAAAAGUUUUGCAGAAUAAGGAUGGGAAUAAAGAUAAAGAUAAAGAAGAUAGAAAAAAACAACAACAAGAAGAUGAUGAACAGGAGAAGAUACGUCAAGAAUUCAAAAAGAAACAUCCAGAUAUUGAUCCAAAAAAUUUGAAAAUUUUUAAAAUUUCAUUUCCUCAAAUUGGUAUAUUAGUUGCAUGGACAUUAUCAGGUAUUUUAUUAUGGUAUUCAUUAAUAAAUAACGUUACUGAACAAAAUGAAUUAUCAAUGCAAGAUUUCAUAACAAAUUAUCUUGAAAGAGGUUUAGUUACAAAAUUAACAGUUAUUAAUAAGUAUGCCGUUCAAGCACAAUUAAUUCCCGGGGCUGCAAGUCAUUCAACAUAUACUAAUUCACAAGGUUCACCAGAAGUUGUAUUUACAAUAGGGUCAAUAGCAUAUUUUGAAGAUGAAAUGGCACAAGUUCAAGAUAGAUUAGGAAUACCUAUUAAUGAAAGAAUUCCAAUUUUAUAUGAUGAAAAACACCUGAUUUUAAGUUAUGUAGUACCCAUCUUACCAACUAUUUUAUUAAUUGGUGGGUUAUUUUAUUUAACUACUAGAAGAUUACCAACACAAGGUGGUGGAGCUGGUGGAGGUCCUGGUGGAAUCUUCAAAAUUGGUAAAAGUAAAGCAAAAUUAUUUAAUCAAGAAAAUGAUGUUAAAAUUAAAUUUAAAGAUGUUGCAGGAUGUCAAGAAUCAAAGGAAGAAAUUAUGGAAUUUGUUAAAUUUUUACAAGAUCCACAAAAAUAUGAAAAAUUGGGUGCAAAAAUUCCAAGAGGUGCAAUUUUAUCAGGUCCACCAGGUACAGGUAAAACUUUAUUAGCAAAAGCAACUGCUGGUGAAGCUGGAGUACCAUUUUUAUCAGUUUCUGGUUCUGAAUUUGUGGAAAUGUUUGUUGGUGUUGGUGCGUCAAGAGUUCGUGAUUUAUUUAAAACUGCAAGAGAAAUGGCACCAUCAAUUAUAUUUGUUGAUGAAAUUGAUGCAAUUGGUAAAGAAAGAGGUAAUGGUAGAGUUGGAGGUAAUGAUGAAAGAGAAAAUACUUUAAAUCAAUUAUUGGUUGAAAUGGAUGGUUUUGAUACUACUGAUCAUGUUGUUGUAUUGGCAGGUACAAAUAGACCUGAUAUUUUAGAUAAAGCAUUGUUAAGACCUGGUAGAUUUGACAGACAUAUUUCAAUUGAUAUUCCUGAUGUUGAAGGUAGAAAAGAAAUUUUUAAAGUUCAUUUAACUAAAUUAAAAUUGAAAUCAAUAGAAGAUAUUGAUAUUAAACAAAAAGAUGUUGAUUUUGCAAAAUUUCAAGAUUUGAAAAAUAAUGCUAUUGAUCAAUUAGCUGGUAGAUUAUCAGCAUUAACUCCCGGGUUUGCAGGUGCUGAUAUUGCAAAUUGUUGUAAUGAAGGUGCUUUAAUUGCUGCAAGAGAAGAUGCAAAAGCUGUAGAAAUUCAUCAUUUUGAACAAGCAAUUGAAAGAGUUAUUGCAGGUUUAGAAAAGAAAUCAAAAAUUUUAUCUCCAACCGAAAAGAAAACCGUUGCUUAUCAUGAAGCUGGACAUGCAAUCUGUGGUUGGUUUUUAGAGUAUGCUGAUCCGUUAGUUAAAGUUUCAAUUAUUCCAAGAGGUCAAGGAGCUUUAGGUUAUGCGCAGUAUUUACCAAAAGAUCAAUAUUUAGUUUCUCAAGAACAAUUUAAACAUAGAAUGAUUAUGACUCUUGGUGGUAGAGUUAGUGAAGAAUUACAUUUUGAUACUAUAACAAGUGGUGCAAGUGAUGAUUUUAAAAAAAUUACAUUAAUGGCUCAACAAAUGGUUUUAAAAUUAGGUAUGUCUAAUAAAUUGGGCCAAAUUUGUUAUGAAUCAGGUGGUGAUGGUGGUUUUAAAGUACAUAAUAAUUAUUCAGAAUCUACUGCAACUAUAAUUGAUGAAGAAAUCAAAAAACUUAUAGAUGAAGCUCAUGAAGAAUGUAGAAAAUUGUUAAGUUCAAAACUUGAUUUAGUUGAAAAAGUUGCACAAGAAUUAUUUAAAAAAGAGGUUUUAACAAGAGAAGAUAUGAUUAGAAUAUGUGGUGAAAGACCAUUUUUGGAAAGAAAUGAUGCUUUUGAUAAGUAUAUAAAAGGCAAAGAUGCAUUUAAAGGUAAACCAAAACCAAAAACUGAUGAAGGUGAACCUGAAAUGGCAUAA